AUGCCACCACCGCACGCUCUUCCAUGCGGUCCCAACUGCAGAAACGGGUAUUGCGCCCCUCACUGUUACUACGGCCACCUACCGCCUCUACCACCUCACCUGCAGACGUACUCACCACCGCCUUAUAGCAGGCCACCCGGCCACAGUCAGCCACCACAUGACGGUUAUCCACCGCAUAUGCCGCCACAAUACCCCCCGCACAUGCCUCCCCACUAUCCACCGCAUAUGCAACCCGAGUACCCACCGCAUAUGCCGCCUGAAUAUCCACCGCAUAUGCCGCCACAGUAUCCGCCUCAUAUGCCACCAUAUCCACCACACCAGUAUCCCCCUAAUAGUUUACCUGAUGAAAUGAAGCGGUAA